AGCUCGGUGCUGGACAGACAGACACAUGGCUGGGGAGCUGGACGGCUCGGUGCUGGACGGACAGACACACGGCUGGGUAGCUGGACGGCUCAGUGCUGGACGGAGAGACACACGGCUGGGUAGCUGGAUGGCUCCGUGCUGGACGGACAGACACACAGCUGGGGAGCUGGAUAGCUGGCUGGACGGAGGGACACAUGGCUGGAUAGCUAAAUGGAUGGCUGGACGGACAGAUGCACGGCUGGGUAGCUGGAUGGCUCCGUGCUGGACGGACAGACAUGGCUGGGGAGUUAAAUGGAUGGCUGGACAGACAGACACACGGCUGGGUAGCUGGAUGGCUCAGUGCUGGACGGACAGACACAUGGCUGGGUACCUGGAUGGCUGGGUAGAUGUGUAGUGUUGUGGAGCCCUGUUGCUCCCAGGAUGAUACAGACAUUAGCUUGGUGAGAGAGAUGAGCUUCAGAACUCUUCCUCAGAUCUGGGACAGGAAUUCCAAUAUGUGACACUCUGAGUGAGUUUCCCAGACCUCCAGAAAAGCUAUGGGUGGCUCAGAGGCAUGUGACUCUCACAACAAAAUAUAUUACCUCACCCAGCUCGUCUCUCACAUGAAUAGAUGGAUGGACAGAGGAAUAAAUGAAUAAUAGACAGACAGAUAAAUGGAUGGAUGGAUCAGAUAAAGAAGGGAUAGAUCAGAUAGAUUGCAGAUUAACUAAAGUACAUUUGGGAUGAACUGGUAAAUGGAAUAAAGUUUGGAUGGACAGAUAGAUUGGACAAAGCUCGGAGGAAUAGAAAGAAGGAAGAGCUGACAGCCGAGUCCCGUGUGCUCUCCCCACUGCUCACCCAGAGGCUGGCUCUCCUGCUGGCUGUGGCCUUUUUAGCAGGUAGGAUGGGGUGUCAAUCGGAGAAAAGGCAAAGGAGGCCCCCAGAGAAAGAGCAGCAGCAGGAGGUGACUGGGUCAUCCAAGAACCUGCCCUUCUUGGGAAAAUCCUUCUACCUGGACCUGCCGAACAACAGGAACGUGGAGUUUCUGGUGGCGACAAUAAAGCAGCUGGGUGGGGUGAUUGAAAGCUUUUUGAGUAAAGAAAUCAGCUACGUGGUUUCCAGCAGCAAAGAGGCCAAACUGGACGGUGGGCCUCGGAGACCAACUGAGAAACGGAACAGUGCAGCUUCAGGGGAUGCCAAGGCAAAGACUCUGCCCUCUGCUGUGCCCAAAGGGAGCUAUGCAGGGCCUCACCACAAGCCAGCAGACAGUGCUCUGAUGAGCAGGGGGAAGGAGCUGCUGCAGAAGGCCAUGAGGAACCAGGUGAGCAGCACAGUGAUGGGCUUUCCCUCUAGACAGGACUCCAGCAGUGGCAGUAGUAUCCUUGCCAAUGCUCGCUCCUGGGGGGUUCGGAUCUUGCAUGUGGAUGAAAUGAUGGCCUAUGUGCAGCAGCUGCUGUUCCGCAUGUCGGGAGCAAGGAAGCAGAGUGAGAAGAUGAUGGUGAAGUUUCUCUCAGUGGGGCCAGGAGUCCUUAAAGUGGGAAGACUGAAGCCCCCGUUUCUGAAGAUUGAGGACCAGAGCAGGAAAUUCCGGCCCUUCCAUCGCCAAUUCAAGAGCUUUCCUGACCUGAACUUCCUGGCACCAAACAGAUCCAGCCCAUUUGAGCCUCUGAAAACCCCAUCAAGCUCCUGCAGAGUCAGAGCCCCUGAGGGCUGUCUGACGCACAGCGAGAGAGAGGGGAGCCCCUGGUCCGGCCCAGCCGCCGUGCCCAAGAGGAGGAAGGGAUUUUGUGAAUGCUGCCAGGAGACCUUCGGGGAGCUGCAGAUGCACCUCCAGAGCCCCCGGCACAGGCGGUUUGCGCUGGAUGCCUCUCAGUAUGCAGCUGUGGAUCACGUCAUCGCCCAGCUCACCAACAACUUUGCCGAGAUCCCAGCCUGGUCCUUGCCCCCCAGGGUGCCCUGCUCUCCUGUGGCCAAUGACCAACUUUGUGGCUCUCAAGCAAAGGCUGCAGAAGGCCUGGGCGCACCAGCUGCAGAGCUGGGACGGAAGCACCAGCUGGCCAGGAAGGACAAAGCAGAGCUGCGUCUCAGUGCAGUGGCUGUGCUGGGCGGGGAAUGCUCUAUGGGUCCAGAGGAGAUGCCAAACGAGAAGCUCAGCAAACUCCCUCCUGCUCCAGAAUUGCCAGCUGGGCACCCCCUGCUGGGGCUAUGGGCUGAGAUGCUGCGAACCAGGCCAUCUGCUAGCACAGGGCCAGCUGGGGGGGCCCAUGCUUGGUGUCGGAACACAGACCGGUCUGCCGUUGGCAGCAGCCCCCACUACACUGUUGUCUUGGCUACUGCUCCUGAUCUCAGCCAGUGGACCCAGGCCAGCGGUGGAUUGACUGGAGAGGCAACUGCUUGCUCCCUUGAACUUGUUCCCCAGGAUACGCUCGAGCCCUCGAGUCACCCCCUGGGAGCAUCACCCUGCUCCAAGAAACGCAAACUCUCCGACAGCCCUCACCUGCGGCUGGAAAAGAAGCCAAGGAUACAGCUGAGCAGCGACCCCCUGCCUCUGGAGAAGCAGACAGGCUCGGAGAGCUGCAGCUCAGCUCAUCAGGGUGUGGAGCUGGCUGUGGAGGGGACUGCUGGCACUACUCCAUCUGGUGCUCCAGGAGCAGAGCUCUUGCUGCCUUCCAGCAGGCUCUGCCCCUUCCCUGCCUCAGUGACGCCUCAAGACAGUGCCCGUGUGCUGCCAGAACCUCCCGAGCCUGUUCCCAUGGCUAUAGACAACACCGAGGCUACCCAGGCAAGCACAGCCACUCAGCAGGGCUGGGGGAGAGGGACUCCAGGCCUGCAAGAGGGGCAGCCUACAGAGAAGGUCCCGGAGCCUCCCUGCUGUGGGACUGGCUCUGGCCUUGAGUUGCAAUCGCCUGCCUGGGACAAGCCCAGCUGUUCUGCAGCCCAGCCGGCCCUCCCACACCUGCCAGUCCCCCAGGCCAGGCGCUUGAGCUGUACUGAGGUUGCUGACCGUGCACUGCCCAAGCCACCUAACAGCACAGAGCUGGGCGAAAGCAUCCUCCAGCCUGCCCCUUGCAGCACGCACACUGGCCCAGAUCUGGGGCCAUCACCCUCUUCUUCCGAGUCGGACUGGGACGUCCAGCUGCUCUGCUCACUGGACGCAGUGCAGGGCACCAGGAACCGUCCGGUAGACUUGGAGCUGCUUCAGAGGACCUGCGUCAACGUCCGAGACAGCGGCUACGAGUCCCAUCUCUACUCGGUCCUGAAGCAGAAGUCUGAGCUGGACUGGGCAGGCAGAGAUGACCAGAGCUGUCGGAACUGUCGUGCGGAAACAGAAGGAGCCCCUUUCGCUGUGUUUGAGGCCUGCCUGGGCAGCUGGACCAGCUAGCCACUCGCUUCACGGACCCCUUCAAUACUAGGGCUCUUCUCUCCCCCAGUUCGGCUGCAGAGAUGGCUCUGGCAAACCACCUUCCCCGCGGCCAUCAGAAGGCACAAGUCUGGCUGGAGACAGUCUGUGGGCUGGAAUAAGUACAGUGAUCGUUACCGGCUGCAAAUGGAGAGUGGGGCUGAGCCUGGAGGCUUCGGGCAAGACUUACCUUGGUUCACUUGCUCGUGGGCCUCGGCCACAGGAAGGGCUCUCCAGCAGGGCAAUGCUAGCCCUGGUUUCCUGUGGGGACAGACCACUGGGCCUGGCCAGGCCUUGACCAGCAGGGGCCUGGCUUGCCUCUCCCUUCAGUGGGGCAACCAGGAAGCAGACUCCCUUGCCCAGACUAGACUGCACCGUGUGUCCAGCUGCAGGACAGUGCCUUUUUAAGAGCCUGCUGCAUUUCAUUAGCACUGCUCAUGCAUGCACCUCCUGUGGUCUCAAUCGCCCUCUGCAGCCUGACUCUGGCGGAGGGAGAUGUGAGCACUUUGUACUAGGAAAACAACAUUCCCUUAACCAGUGGCCUGGCCUGGCCUGACCUCACUGGCAAGUGUGCAGCUAGCUGAUGCCAUAGGCGGUGGAGGUGGAAAGCGCCCCAAGUCUGAUCUGCAGAUGGAGUUUUCUCCCCUCUUCCCAUGCAGUAGAACGGCAGGCAGUCAAUGCUGCUGUUCUCUCGCCCAGAAAGAGCUGCUGUCCUCUGGAAGUGACUCUGCUCCGAGCUCCCGACAGCAUUCUCUGCUCUUUCUGCAUCUCCCUGGCCCCUUCCUACUUGUGGUGCAGUUAAUGGGGGGGGAAGUGAGCUGCUCUCUGGAUCGAUUUCUCUUCCUGCUUUAGCUUCUGCUCUCCACACUGUCUCCCAUCUGUCUCCAUAGGCCAUUGCAGAUAAUUGGUGUUUAAAACUUCCUGCUUGUUUUAGAAACAAAUUAAAACCAAAAUAAACUUGAGUGUAACGA